GUACAAAACCCCGACCCCAUUAGGUCGAUGAGAGAGAUAUAAAAAACAACAAAAUUAGACGAGAAAAUAUCUAAGAAAGGCGUCGGAAAAUUGCAAACAGAUAGAUAUAGAGACGACGAAGAUGCAUCCGAUUAAUGCGGUGGUUGCGGCGAGGAUGUUAGCCGGAAUCAGUCAAUCUAACGCCUUACAAAGCGAGGCGAUUCCGUUUGGAUCGCUUGAGUGGAUCACUUACGCCGGAAUCUCUUGUUUCCUUGUUCUCUUCGCCGGAAUUAUGUCUGGUCUCACUUUAGGGCUUAUGUCUCUCGGUCUCGUUGAGCUCGAGAUUCUCCAACGGAGUGGUACUCCAAAAGAGAAGAAACAAUCUGCUGCGAUUUUUCCGGUUGUUCAGAAACAGCAUCAGCUUUUAGUGACUCUGCUUCUGUUUAAUGCUCUUGCUAUGGAGGGGCUUCCUAUAUACUUGGAUAAGAUAUUCAAUGAGUAUGUUGCUAUUAUUCUAUCCGUCACUUUCGUUCUAUUCGUUGGAGAGGUUAUUCCUCAAGCUAUAUGUACUAGAUAUGGACUAGCAGUGGGAGCUAAUUUGGUCUGGCUUGUUCGUAUCUUAAUGGUUCUAUCGUACCCGAUAUCUUUUCCUAUUGCAAAGAUGUUGGAUUGGGUGUUGGGACACAAUGACCCUUUAUUUAGGCGAGCUCAGUUAAAAGCUCUUGUGUCCAUUCACGGUGAAGCUGCUGGAAAGGGAGGUGAACUUACACAUGAUGAGACUACAAUUAUAAGUGGAGCACUUGAUUUGACUGAAAAGACCGCUCAAGAAGCCAUGACACCAAUUGAAUCAACGUUUUCCUUGGAUGUAAAUUCAAAGUUGGACCGGGAAGCUAUGGAUAAGAUUCAAGCACGAGGUCAUAGCCGCGUUCCUGUCUACUCCGAUAAUCCAAAAAAUGUUAUUGGACUUCUCUUGGUGAAGAGUCUCCUUACAGUUCGCCCUGAAACAGGGACUCUUGUCAGCGCAGUUGGUAUACGCCGAAUUCCAAGGGUUCCGGCUAAUAUGCCUCUGUAUGAUAUUCUGAAUGAGUUUCAAAAAGGGAGCAGUCACAUGGCUGCAGUUGUGAAGGUUAAGGGGAAAAGCAAAGGUCAUCCUUCAACUUUGCAUGAAGAAAAUAGCGGUGAAAGCAACGUCUCAAGUAACAACUCCGAGUUGACUGCACCUCUUUUACUAAAGCGAGAAGGAAACCACGACAGUGUCAUUGUCCGCAUCGACAAGGCUAAUGGACAAUCGUUCAUCAGCGAGGCCGGCAGACAGGGGUUCUCACAUACUUCAGAGGAGAUUGAGGAUGGAGACGUAAUUGGUAUCAUCACAUUAGAAGAUGUGUUUGAAGAACUUUUGCAGGAGGAGAUUGUGGAUGAAACAGAUGAGUAUAUAGACGUGCAUAAAAGGAUUCGUGUGGCAACUGUAGCAGCAGUGGCCAUUUCAUCAUUAGCGAGAGCACCUUCAGGCCGGAGGUUACUUGGCCCAAAAGGAAGUGGAGGACCAAAAACGCCAAAGGCAUCUUCUACUCCCAAACCGGAUGAUAAACUGAUGGGAACCAUGACCGGUCCUCCUCAAGGAAACAACUGAUUAUUUAAGGUGGGUGUUGAGUUUUUGCUUGAGAUGUGAAAAAUAAAUAAGGUUUUGAAACUUAGAUCAGUUUAGAGCACCUUCUCUCUUUCACUGCUUAACUACAUAUGUAUAAUACAUGUCGAUAUAAUCUACAAUUCUUUCAACUUAUUUUUCAAAAAAUCCGAAUAUAUUCUUUUGUAUAUGCUUAUUAGAUCCUUGACAUUAUCAAACCAUAUAUAUUUCUCAUUUGCAAGUUUUUGGGGGAAAAGAUUGUACCAGAACUAGCAGACUUAGUAGGAACCCACUAAGCACUUUGUUGUCCUUUAAAGCUUUGGUAAAUCAAUUUUAAAAAUCAGUUCCAAAGGCUUUUGGGGGACCAUAAAAGGCGGCUAAAGGCACAUGAUCAAGAGAGAAAGUAUUGGUCAUCACCGGCGGUUAGGAGAGUGUUAUGUAAGAAUCCAUAGAAAAAAGUGAUAGUGAAUGUUACUGUUUCAAGAUUCUCACGAUACUCUCUCUUUGUAAUCUUGCAAGAAC